CUGCGUCAAAGAAUUUCGGUAGUCGUGGCUCGGAGGUUGGAAUUUGAUUGAAGCACACUCAAUGGCGCCUCAACAACAGCUGGUCAAGUUAAUACGCUCGGGCAUGGUACAGCUGGCUUCUAGACCGAGAGCUGAAGUUUAUUGUGCCGCGAGUCGUGGAAAUCUGCAUCUCAUACCAGUCAAGAUUAUCGAUUCUCCACGCAUUCCAAACAACAUUUUUCUUUCACCUCACUCGUUGUACGCGAAUAUAUCCGAGAAUAAGCCUUUCGCCGAAGCUGCUGUUGGAGCACCUUCGAGGCCUCUCAAGAAUACCCUCAGGCUUGGCUUCUCACGGAAUUCUUCCUUCGGUUUCAAGGAUGAACAAGAGCUGUACCGAAUUUGAGGACUUAGCAUUUCUACAAAAAUAUGUAAGAGCAUUAGUGUUGAAAUAUUGGGGAUCGUUAAAACCUUUCGCGACACCUUGACUUCAUCAAAAUGUUAAUUAAAUAACACAAUGAAGAGAACGAGAAAAUUGUAGCUUUAGUACCCAUUAAAGUGACAUUACGGCAGCGGUCGUCGUUAAUUCCACCCAGAGAAAAGAGAAGAUAAAAGUAUA